AUGCCUCAAGGCGCAGGCAACAGUGGCAAUGUCGUCCGCCACGCGAGCAGAAAAAGCAACGAAAGCAGCAAUGGCUUUGAGGAAGCAGCCACGUUCACUGCCACUUCGCCAGACGCAGCGCCACGUGGAGCAAAUGGAAGCCAGGACACACAGCGCGGCCAGGAGGCGCAGAGAAUCCGCUCAAAGUGGAAACGCGAGCUCUUCUUGCUCUUCGAGGACCCGUCGUCCAGCCCGUCCGCCUUCGUCAUCAAUGUGUUUGUCACCUUUAUGAUUAUCUUUAGCGCCGUCCUGACCACAAUCGAGACCAUCCCGGCGCUGCGCAAGGGCAAUUCGCAGAUGUGGCUGGCGCUAGAGCUGAUCAUCGUCGCGGUGUUUACGCUGGAGUUCGUCUUGCGGUUUCUCGGCCACACGGAUAGCUGGCGCCAGGCCUGGGACCACACAAAGUCAUUUGUCACCGUGGUCGAUGCGCUGGCGAUCUUCCCGUUCUACCUUGAAAUGGCGUUCCAGCGCGAUACCUCCUACGAGUUCCGGUUCACCAUCCUGCGGAUCUUCCGGCUGCUGCGCGUCUUCAGCGCCUUCAAGUACUCGUCGCUCCUGCAGCUGUCGAUAGAAGUGAUGAUUGUCGCGAUUAAGCGCAGCUCCGAUGCGCUCCUGGCCUUUCUGCUCUUCGUCACGCUCACUGUGCUGCUGUUUCGGCGCUGA